AUGCCAUCGCUAUGUCUUCUUCUCGCCGUCUUGGUCCUCAUCACCAUCCACGAGACCACGGCUCAUCCCAUCCGGACGGCCCGAUGGGCGAAAAUAGGACAGUAUCCGGAUGUAGAGGGUCGGGGCAUAUGGAAGGUUUUCCAACGAGAAGCGCGUGAUGCUCUGUCUGAGUAUACACCAGGAGCGAGUAACCAGAACCACUCCUGGACUGGCGAUAAUCCAGACGAAGCACUCGAGCGAGAACAAGCACACACGCUCGCGGGUAGUCCGGAUCGUCCGUAUAAGCGGUUGUCGUCGCCUUCUGGGAAGUCAAUUGUCUCUGUCUUGGUUCCUAUUUCGCCUCGUCUGCUACCCGAGCAAAAUCAUCGAUACCUGUACCACUAUCAUCAUCUGCAAGACGAAGAGCGGAGGCGGAAGCAGCAACAAGAGGAAGAACAGGAACAGCAUGAAUCGACCCAAUUGGCCAACGCCCUUGCACAUAUACCGAUGCAUAUACCUAUGCCCUAUGGCGAGACACUAGACAGAGAAAGCACCAGCAGCGGAUCCAAUCAUCACAAAACAAAACCGGAACUAGACAACAGUGAGAAUGGUUCAUCGGCGUCAUACAUGAUGAUAUCCAGACACUCGCUCUCACUAUUCUCAUACCGGAUAUCUCUCCCCUACUUGCAUAUCCACAUCGAACCACCGAGAUUCCCUUUGCUACCCCUUCCAGGUCUCUUCACGACGGUGGUAAUUCUCGUGGCUAUGGUUUGGAUUGCUAUCCUGACCAUCUCACUGGUAGAGCUGGCCAAUUACAUAUGGCGGAAGCGGCCGGGCGCUGGGGCUGCUGUUGCCAUCACUGACUGCAGCGCGAUACCGUCCGGUGGUGGGAGGAAUGCCUAUGACGCUUUGGACGUUCCUGUGCAAAUUGUGGUUGCUUCUCGAGCCUCGGAGAAGUAUGGAAUUCUUGCUUCAGAAUCGGACUCGGAUUCUGGGUCUGAAAACGAUAUGGAGUAUCGCAUUCUGUGA